AUGGCGACGAACGCGCCUCACAGCGCCCAGGCGCUCAACUCAAUGGGCCCUCCUGCCCAUCCUGCUUCUUCAAUGGCCUCCAAGAAGUAUGAUCUUAGCAGCUUGAUGUCGCCUCCGGAUCAGGUUCACGAUAGCUUCAACCACGGUCAUCAUCAAUCCGACAUUAGCAAGCCUGCGACUUCCAACAACUCGAGCAAGCACCCAAUGCCAAUGUCUCCUCCCAUCUCUCCUUACAGCAAAGCGAUGUCGACGGCCGAGACUCCCACUACUCCUCCUCACCAGGUUAAGGACCCCGUUCUGUACCCUGCCGAGGAAGUUCCUUCCAGCCCAGCUCAGACUCCUCUCUUUGCUCCCGCCGAACUCGAAGACCACCGCCGCAUUGUCGACGACCAUGUUCGCGCCCGAUCUCCUACCUCUUUCGCCGGAGUGAUCCCACCCAAGCGCGAAGAGUACGAGCUCGCCCUCACUUUCCGAUCUCAGGUCAUGAAGCACUACACAGCCAACCGAAAGAAGUGGCUUCUCAAGGAGAGAGCCUUCCUCGAGGCUGACCGCCGCGCCCAUGCCCAACGAUACCAUACUAUCCUGCCCGCCGCUAAGCCUGCUGCCACCAAGCCAAACCGGGCGCGCGGUGACCGGGUCCAGAAGCCCCAGUCUGCCCCGCGACCGAUCCGUACCCACCCCGGCGCCGCCACCACCGGCCCCAUUCGACCUGCUCCACGUGUUAGUGCCACGCCUGAGCCCUCUCGUCGGGUCGUGGCCCCCAACCGUGAGGACAAGGACUUCAGGGCGCUUCCCGACUACUGCCCUCCUCUGAACUCGCUGCCCAACCGACCCAACAGUCUGAAGGUGGAUUGGAAGGGACAGCCCGUUGACCUGAGCAACGACCCUCAUGCCAACCUUCUGCACCCCGACGAGGUGUCGCUCGCCAGCAAUCUGCGACUGGACUGCGCUACGUACCUGACCAGCAAGCGACGCAUCUUUGAGCGACGACUCCUCUGCCUCCGCAACAACAAGGAGUUCCGCAAGACGGAUGCGCAGCAGGCCUGCAAGAUCGAUGUCAACAAGGCCUCCAAGCUUUGGACUGCCUUUGACCGGGUUGGUUGGCUCGACACCGACUGGGUUCGUCAGUACCUGUGA